AUGCAUCGAACUUCACAUUCGAUGAGCUCUGCGGUGGGUUUUGAGGAAUCGAACCGAAGCAAUGCUGUAGUAGAUGAGAAUUAUGAUGCAGUCGCUAAUUUGGCAGAAAAGCCUGGACGAGAGACUGGCUUUCAACAGCACAGGGUAGCAUUGAGCGAUGUCACAUCCCAAGUAUCAAAUAAAGCGUAUUCAGGGUUCACCAAUAAUUCGAGAAAAACGAACGUUGAUAGCGCCAUGACCAAACGAUUCAAAAUGAUGAGGAAUGAGAACUAUUACACGGAUCAAGAGUUCAAUGUCGGUAAUGGCGAAAAGGCGCAGCCAAUGCGACGGGCUGAAAGUUGUCCAGCGGACGAUUCGCUAGAAGAAGGAGAAGCAGAGGGAGAAGCGGAUGAAAAUGACGACGAAAUGAGGCAGCCGUUAUAUCCAAUCUUUGAUUCCAAAUCGCAGAAACGUUUAGACCUCGCUUAUAAAGAAUGUCAUCGAAGCACACCAGAUCCAACGGAUGAUGAUACAUAUGACGUUGUCAUGGUAAUAGAACUGAGCACAGAUAUUUUCAAAUACAUGAGAGAGCUGGAGAUCAAAUUUAGGCCGAAUCCGAAUUAUAUGGACUCGCAACCAGAAUUGAAGUGGUCCUACCGCAGCACUCUUAUAGAUUGGAUUGUACAGGUACAUUCCAGAUUCCAACUUCUCCCAGAGACGCUUUAUCUCACUGUAAACAUUAUCGACAGAUUUCUAUCCAAGAAAGCAGUAACGUUGAACAGGUUUCAACUGGUUGGCGCCGCCGCGUUAUUCAUCGCGGCGAAAUACGAGGAGAUAAACUGUCCUACUCUAAAAGACAUUAUCUACAUGUUAGACAACGCCUAUUCGCGAGAGGAUAUCAUUAAGGCAGAAAGGUUCAUGAUCGACACACUGGAUUUUGAGAUUGGCUGGCCCGGCCCAAUGUCGUUCUUGAGAAGAAUAAGCAAAGCUGAUGAUUAUGAGUACGAUAUAAGAACACUGGCCAAGUAUCUCCUGGAAACAACUGUGAUGGAUCCCAAACUAGCCGCAGCGCCUCCAAGUUGGCUGGCCGCAGGAGCCUAUUUCCUGAGUAAAGUCAUUUUGGGUUCAAAUGACUGGACAAACAAGCACAUUUACUACUCAGGGUAUACACAGGAGCAGAUCUUCCCUCUGGCGACUGUUAUAUUGGAGAAUUGCAGAUAUGCAGACACCCGUCAUCAGGCAAUAUGCAAGAAAUACUCGGAACGUCGCCAGCAUAGAUCUGCUCAAGUGGUUGCUAAGUGGAUCUCUCUGGCUGAGAAAAAAGUGGAUACGGCAUAG